GACGAGGUUGGUCUCCUGUUUUAUCGCAGUUGUUUAUCGAACCUUCAUCAUCGCGUACCAGUCCCCAGGGGUUACGAGCGCCCACAGUGUCAUUUAGUCAGUGGCUUCUCAUCUCCAAUAUGGCUGCUCGCACGUGUAGUUGCUCAUGUAAGAUCGGUCCUUCCAUUCUCAAUGGAGAUCUUUCCUGUCUAGCCGACGAGUGCAACAGGUUAUUACAGUGUGGGGCAGACUAUCUACAUCUUGAUGUUAUGGACGGGCAUUUUGUCCCGAAUCUGACUUUUGGAGCUCCUCUUGUAAAAUGUCUACGGAAGAAAGUUCCUAAUGCUUUUUUUGAUAUGCACAUGAUGGUUGCAAACCCAGAGAAGUGGGUCGAUGAUAUGGCUGGUGCUGGAGCUGACCAAUACACAUUCCAUUUGGAAGCUACAGAUAAACCUAUGGAACUUAUUCAACAAAUUAAAAAAGCUGGAAUGAAGGUUGGGAUUGGGAUUAAGCCAGGCACACCUGUCACAGAUGUCUUACCAUACGUAGAACAUGUAAAUAUGGUACUUAUAAUGACCGUUGAACCCGGCUUUGGAGGGCAGUCUUUUAUGGCAGAUAUGAUGCCAAAGAUUGAGUUUUUGCGUCAAAAGUACAGAGAACUUGAUAUUGAAGUUGAUGGAGGAGUUGGGACUAGCACAGUUGAUGUUGCUGCUAAGGCUGGUGCAAACAUGAUCGUAUCUGGAAGUGCUAUAAUGAAAAGUGACAAUCCUCGACAAGUGAUAGCAUUGCUACGAGAAAGGGCAGAGAAGUGGUUAAGAGGCCAUGGCGAGGCAGAGAGAUCUGUAGACCUUUUUUCUUCUCGAAGGUUGCCACCCCACACCUCUAACAGUGGAAAAGAGAGAGAGGCUACACGCUGCACAUCUCUAACCGAAAGCAUUAAACUCUAAACGACGAAAAAAUGAACAUCCUGAUGUCACAUCAGUUGUCGUCACUGUCACUUGCUGUCAGCGUCAGUUGUCCUAACCGGUGAGGACUUCAGAAAGAGGUCAGAUCCUGUGUUUGUGUGGUCUGAAGUAAGCUGAAAAUGCUUAGAACAGAAAAAAAGCGACACAGAGAACCCGCAGUUCUAUUGUCCACCCCCACUCUCCAACGCCCAUGCUGCUUCUUUUAUGACACCCAGAUGAAAAACCGUUUGCGUCUUGUCGUUUAAAUGAAGAUCCGGUAUGGCGUACUGCCCAUGCGUAAAGGAGUUUGAUUGAAGAAGUGCUAAUGUACAGAGGGAAAACUAUUUCUCUGUAGGUACAAAUAAGGAUUGCGCGGGGUGACGUCGGAUGAUUUUACAGAGAUUGGUGUCAUAACUGUUUUUCACACGUGUCAUAACUGUUUUUCUCACGAAUACGAAUGUUGCCGCCAUUUCUUCGACAUGGAGGAGUGGACCAAGGACUAAGGAUUAAUCCGAGACUGAAACACUACGCGAAAGUUCUGCUAAUUCUCUUGGCCCUCCGCUAAUUAUGUUUCCCUCUACACAUCCGUUUGAUUCUCGUAAAUAUAUACCCGUUUUUUUAUUGCUGUUCAUUUGUGAUCAGCGCAGCAGGGGUUGAGUUCUCGCUGCGGCCAAUCCAGUUCAACCGGUAUCUAGAGGGAGAUGACUCAUAUACGGGGGUACGCCUUUUUCGGCGCGCCCCCCCCUUACCCUUAUACCCCUAUACCCCACCCUCCUGACGUAUGUUAUUCAUGUAGUAGAGAUUUAUCUAUGUCAAAUCAUUAGUUGCCUUAGGAGGAAGUUUUGAAAUUUGAUUGAUAACAACGGACGGACGUUUAGGCCGCAUGAGACCGUGGCCUUAGAAAUUCAGUAAGAAAUAGUUUAUUCAAAUUAAUGUGGACUAUGUAUGUAGGAGUAGCAAUAAUAUGAUGAGAUGUGUGAUAUAAACAAGAGGUCUAUAAUCCAUUACCGAGAGUAAUAAUUGCUAUAUAAACCAAAGUGUUGUGAGUGGUUCCGAGGACCGUGUGAAUUCAUUACAAUUAGUCUGAUGUGACUGAAAGCAUGAAUUUACGUAUAGACUGACCACAGAUGGGUCAGUGAGAGAGCGUAUUACACUCAUUUCCGCCUUCGACCCAAGCGUGAUUCGCGUCACAGCUCAACUGCCUGAUCUACACACAACCUCACGACAUCUUGUAUCACGAAAUGACCAGAGACCACAGCGCUCUCAAAUUGCUUGGAUUUCCCGGCACAACAGACCGAGAGCGAAGCCUCGAGUAAG